CGUCACAGGCACUCACUCAUUCAUUCACCUUAUCUGUUCCUUGCGCUUGACUGACUGCAGAUUUACAGUUGUGCAUGGCUUGAAUUAAAGUAGAGACAGACACCUUGUCAAACAGGUGCGCACGCAUACAUCAAACAACUUCUUGCUCACAUCAUCUCUCUUCCUACUGAUCGUUAAAGAAGGUCUAACAUCAACCCUAUCCACCAAAAUCGACUUCUUCCAACAGUAGAGGGUCACGGAAGAAAUGUCUAGGUAACCUGUCAAGCGAGAAUUAUCAUCCCUUACUCUAAUCUCCAUCUCUACAAAUCAUGGCCGACGCUGCUGCCACAAAUUCAUCAACGCCUGUAUGGCAAAUCGAUGCACCAACCGCUCAAUCUCUCGUCGUUCAACAAGCAUACGGGCUAUUCAAUACGACAUGGUUGGGUAUCCUAGCCACAGUUGCGAUCGCGCUGGUCUUGCUUUCCACUCCGCAACAGAGACGAGGUCCGGUUUUCACCUUACAAUGCGUUGCUUUUCCGAUGGCUUUGACAAAUGCUUUAUUGGUAACAGUUUGUGUGGUCUUGAACGCGAAAUCAUUAUUCACCAGCAAAAACAUGACAGACACUCUCGUUCCGAUCGAAUGUGCUCAAAAAGCAUUUGAAGCAUUCACACCUCUGGUUUGCGAUGCCACUCUGAUCUUCAAAGUUCUGGCUUUUUAUCCAGUCUCGCCAAUCCCUUCGCCAAGCGGAAAAAGAGGUAUCCUUCGACAACGCUGGAUCCCUGUUGCGCCUUUACUGGUCAUUGGACUGGCACGAACUGUGACGUGCACUUUGGUCACAUACUUUUAUUAUCAAUACGAUUAUCUAGCCGCCAAUACGCCUCCCGAAAUCACAGCAGCCAAAGGAAGAGUGUAUCAUCGAAGUGCGAUGGCUGAGUUUAUUCUGCAGAUCAUCUAUUGCAGUUACGCAUCAGCUUUAUUGUUUCGCAAAAUAUACCUAUUCGCACAACGAAGGCGAAUGCGAAAGCGUAGAGGGACAGCAUUGCUACAGAGAAGGCUUCGUUAUUUGAUCGAAUCAUUAGCAAUGACAUUUAUCUUGCCGGUCAUUGCACAGAUCAUUGCUGCCGUUGCUGCUCAAUUGGGAAAAGGAGUUGUUCUUUACAUCGCUUCUUUGACAAACGUUUAUCUUUCGACACUUCUGUCAGUUUUGGCAACGAGUUGGUCAACUAUCAGAUUGCAUCGUGUUCAUCAUAGUCGGGAUUCUACUUUUUUCCUCUCUCGUCCAAGCAGUGGCGGAAGUGGCGGUGCUGAUGCACAUGGAUCGCCCGAGAAAGGAUCUCCGAAGUCGACUCCGUUGAACGGACUACCAAAUUCAUCCGUCAAGGAAGAAUUAAUGAAUCCAUCAUCACAUGGGCAAGUGCAAUUCGAUAACGUCUAUCAACCGCAAAACACCAAGAAGCUUGGAGGCCUAUCGUUUGGACUGCCGAGAGCACUAAAGUCUGUUUAUGGCGGAGAAGCGGGAAGACAACCAGUUCAACAAGUUGUUGUGGUUUCAAACGAUCAAGAAGCAGAAGAGCUGGGAAAUAUACAUCGUGAAACAUUAUUGGCAAGUUUGUUUGAUGAUGAAGAAGAAGUUGUUGGACAAGCAACUUCUGUGGAAAUGUUGACAACUUUGCCGCCUGUUCAAUCUGAUGCAGAGCUAGCCGGUCAAUUACCCACUCGUGGAACAAGUGGAUGGCGUAGAGGUGUUCUUCGAAGUGAAAACCUGUAGAGAUGCUUGACGAAUGCUGGAUUUUGUUUUCGACGACGACGACGACUACUUUUAUUUUGUACUUUAUUCUUUUUUGGGGUCCCAAACACAUUUUUAUUGGAGGUCGAACUUAUGUGUAAAUGCUAU